AUGAGCGAAGCAGCGGUAGAAGCAAUCAACACACCAAGAGAACAGCUGGAAGACACAAACACAAUGCAGAUGGACCCGACUGAAGUAAACAACACAGAAACUGCCUGGAAUUAUGACGCAAGCAGCGGAAGAACUAUUGAACGCGAGAGCAUCUGGAUUACGCGGGGCAGAAAAGGCAAGAAGGACGCAGAGCAUCAAACGACACAAGAAAGCAACCCAGCCAAGCAACAAACGAAUGGAAAGCCACCGCCACCGCAACAGCGAAAGCCCCGAAUGCCGCCUCUACCAGUCGACGACUACAAGGUCGUAUUCCGCCCACAACCAGGCCUCGAGCUUGCAAAGUGGAACAAUGUCGCCAUUAUGCACGCCAUCGGAAGAGCCAGCGGUUUCUCGCAGCAAGACUUCGGCGAAAAACCCCGCCACAGCAUGCCACGAGCAAGGCGGGACCACGACAUCGUGCGAGGUACGAUCCAGCCACCGGCCCAGCUCGGCUCCAGUGAUUGCGCCCAGCAUCGCGUACAAACCCAGACGCAGUCCAGCGCCGCGGCUGAUGAUGGCGAUGAUGCUGAUAAGCCUGAGGUGACGGCGACGCUCCAGCGUCAAUGUUUGCGAGACGAGACCAUGGAGAGGCCGCCUGCGAGAGUACCCUGUGUGCCUGGUCGCCAGCUGUCGCGGUCAGUAGCCACCGGUGAACCAGCCCGUUUCCAACUUUCGCUGCCCCCGGAUCAUCCGGAGCCAUAUCCCCGGGUGGACCUCGGAAAGUCGCGCACAACCAGCGCGGCCGACAGCGGCUUCCUGCUUUCGGAGCGGACCCCGUGCAGCAAAUCCAUGUGGGUGGCCAACAUCGAGGUGCGCAAAGGACGGCCGACCGCAGCUUGCCUGAACAGACGCGUAGUACCUGCAUCGUUCAACUUGCAACGCAGGCGCUCGCUCAUGCAAGUUCACUGGCAGCUGAUGGGCUACCGCUCUAUGGACAUCGUGGAGCUGAGCGAGUCGCUCAUAUCUCUAAAUCAGUUUCUGUUCCAAGACGAGUUCCAACUGAUCCGAAAACUGCGGCGCGCCAUGCUCUACCACCUGCUGGACGAGUACCCGCCAAGAAAUCUGACUGACUCGCUCCCCUCCUUGGAGACCACGCUCGACAUGCUGAAGACUGGGAGCGUGCGCUUCUCUAGCGUUGGCGUUCGCAAGCUAAAAAGAGAACUGCUCGAAAGGUUCGAGGCCAUGCGCGCGCUCUUCCUUGAGAACAGGAGCGACGUGCCUGAGGCAUGGAUACGCUGCUGCGCCACUCACCAUGGUCAGCGUAAGGUCCACGCCGGCGAGCUGUUCAAGGUGGUGGACUGCUGCUAUGUGCCGUCCGAAUUGGUACCACGUAGCGCUGUCAUCCAGAAGCUCGUCGUGAGCCGCUGUGCGCCGGGAACGCACAGUACGCUCCACGAGUUCGCGGCGCUCACGGGUUCUCGGGGCAUCGACGAUCGGUUCGAGCAGCUCGGAACGUUCCAGAUGCAGGACUUAGAGCGGAACGACGUUAACCUCCGAGACCUACGCAGUAUGCUGAGAUUCAGCACGAACGUGAAGACACCGAAAGUCACAUGCACCGCCGCAUUCUCUGGCCUCCAAUUGUCUUCUGCGCGUGUUAUUUCGCACAAUUCCAGGCUCACCAAAAUUUAUACGAGCGGCUAUAUGGUGCACGUUCACAACUUGAGAGGGAGGGCGAUCGAGAAAAAUGUGACGCUGAAGAAGCUGUCACUCAGCCAGGCGUUUCUAAGCGGCGAUUACGGCCUGCGACUUGAAGAUGCCAUUUCGGUCAACUAGACGCAUGAGCUGCCGAGUCUCGGCCCGGUAACGCAGCCGGGACUGGAACAUUCUGGGGCAGAAGCCGGGGAGAGAGACCUGAAAACCAGGAUAGAGUUCAAUGGCUGCCACGCAGUGACCGACGUCCCGAUCGAAUUUUCUGCAGUGGGACACCAACAUCUAUCACGUCAUAUUGGAACCGCCCGCUUUUCUGGCCUGGUCUAAGUACCAACAACUGAAUUGCGGAUUCUACUAUGGCACUGCCAACGUCUCGAGUCUCGUGGUUCGGUUGGGCCGUGUGAUCCACCGUUACGUGGCUGUCCUACCGCCCGCCAUAUUUGCCAGCUGGCACUACCCUCGGGACGCACAGCUGGCCUCCGCCACGCAGACUACUCAGGCAGGGACGAAGCGCGAAUUUAUCGACAAGAGCCGCAGCCUCUGCUCCAUCUUCGGCGGCUGGACGUUCCAUCACCAAGCGGCGACCGCCUUAAGUGACAUGCUGCACAGGAGUAGCACCCUGAACUAUGUCACGUUCGACGCGGUGUUGCCGUGGUGAGCCGUGUUCCUGAUGGAGGGGCGGCGAGGCCUAGAAACAAAUUACACGCUCUUAGCCGUUAGCGACUGCGAGCAGCGCAUCCCCGCGCGAACAUGUUCGGGAUGAGCAACGGUGUUCGUGUUGCGCCUGCUUCAGUGGCCGCCCCGCCACUGAAGAAGGUGUUCGAGAGCCGGUCGUUACUAUUUAACCUGUCCGGACUGGCUGGCCCUAUUGAAGCCGAAGCGGCUGAGGUGAUAACUAGGUCACAAUGAUACCCUGACACGCACUCCCUGGCCUUCGCUGGUAUCGUGAGGGACAAACUUGAUAUUUACGUUGACUGUAGAAAGAUAAAAGGCCAUAGCAAAGCGUUGAUGAAAUGCCGAAUACAGGACUGCUAUCGUGGGACUUUGCGUCGCCUGGGUGUGAUUGCAUUGUGCAGCGAACGCGAUGACAGUACAUCAUGGCUAGUCGUUGCAAUAGUGCUGCAGAUACCGAAACUGCAGAAUGAGCUGUACGCUCAGAGAAAAGCUCCCACUUUUACGGCCAUAUUUAUAUUUAUUUUGGCACAAUCAAUUACGAGCAAGUGAUAAAGAAACGGUUCUUGCAUGUCAAAUUCUCGUUCUGGUGCUGAAGAUUCCAUAGCUUAUAUUUAGUGUCGCUUUUAUCAAUAACAUUUUUGCUCGCAAUGCUUUUUGAGGCUAAGCGUCAAGUGAACGGCACAUAAAGUUCGUUUUGUUUUUAUUUUAUAUUGCUAUGUCCGAGAACAUUAGUACGGCAUAAUGGUUGCCACGAAGAGCUUUUUCUUUUACUCUCUCGGGAACAUGGCAACAUAAAUUCUUUUCAUUCAAUGGGCGUAUUUAAUUUAGAUCUUAGCGCGUCGUUACUUGCGCCUUACGUGCGAGAACUACA